AUGCUGCUGCUCCUUCUGCUCACAAAUGCUUUUGUCCUUCUGCCCUGGGCUGGGGCUGGAAGGAUCAUUGGUGGACGAGAAGUAAAGGACCACUCCAGACCCUACAUGGCUUUUUUAGAAAUUAAAAGUGGCUCAAAACCUAGUUGGUGUGGUGGGUUCCUGAUUCGCCCAGACGCAGUGCUCUCAGCAGCUCACUGCAUGGAUAUAGAAGAGAUAGAGAGCGUCACUGUGAUUCUGGGAGCCCAUAACAUUAGUGACGAAGAAUGCAGCCAGCAGAAGAUCUCUGUUGCAGGAUGGGUCAUCCAUCCUAAAUAUUCCUGUAAAGAUGGGAAGAAUGACAUUGUGCUGCUGAAGCUGAAUGAAAAAGCCACGAUCACUAAGAAUGUGCGAUGUAUCUCCAUUGCUGAGAACCACGAAUGUGUGAAGGCAGGCGAUUUAUGCACGGUGUCUGGCUGGGGCCGGACAUCUACAGAAGGGGACAUGAGUGAUGUCUUGAUGGAGGUGGACAUGGAGGUGCAAAAUGAGGAAAUAUGUGAGCAGCUUUCCAGUAAAUACCAGCGUCAGUCUAUGAUCUGUGUUGGUGAUGAAGAUAAUAAAAAAGCAACUGCCCCUGGUGAUUCUGGUGGCCCAUUAGUCUGCAAUGAGAAGGCUCAUGGCAUUCUUUCUCAUGGAUGUGGUGGCCGUCUCUCCCCUGAUGUAUUCACCAGGAUCUCGCACUUUGAGCCCUGGAUCCGCAAGAAGCUUAAGAGUUUUUCACGCAAGGCAAUUUCUUGCUUUCCAUUCUCUGACUAAAAUGCUCAUUGCCCCUUCUCCACAAUGCAUCCAACACCUGCUGGUGCUCAGAAGCUCCCAGGGGCAGCUGAAGUGG